UACGCGACGCGGGAAAACUACAGCGCGUCCAUUAUUGACAAGGCUAUCAAACUUCAAGCGCGGCUGUUUGUCACUGCAAGUUCAGGAGAGUCCCAACAAUGCUCUUGCAGUGUAGUAUCAGGCAAUGAUAGCUUUCUAGCGUGGUCGCGUCGCUCGUAGUGCAGACGGGCUGUUUGAAACAGCUGCUCUAGUGUGUUUAUGAAGAGUGAAGUAAUGGAGCUAUUUAACGAGACGCGUCUCAUAGUGAGUUUGCUGCUCUUCCUGACGCUCAGCCUGGAUUUGGGAUUCGCAUUCGGACAGAAUAAGGACACCGAGUUUACGUUCCUUUUGCCUGCCGGAGCAACCGAGUGCUUCUUCCAAACAGCCAUUAAGAACGGCAGCAUGGAAGUGGAGUACCAGGUCAUUGCAGGCUCAGCGCUGGACGUCGGCUUCACUCUGAUCUCCCCGGGUGGGUACAGACUGGUCUCCGACUUCAGAAAAUCAGAUGGCAUACACACGGUGGACCCCACUGAGGAGGGCGACUACAGGAUUUGCUUUGACAACAGCUUCAGCCGUUUUUCAGAGAAGAUGGUGUAUGUUGAGGUGAUCGUGGAUGGACCAGAGGAAGAGGCUGAUUAUGAUGAAAAUUGGGCUGCUCUGGCUGAACCGGAGGACUCGCUGGAGUACAAACUGGAGGAUAUCAGGGACACAAUGGAUGCCGUGCACAAGAACCUGGAGCGAAGCCGUCAGCUACAGACCAUAUUGCGGACGUUUGAGGCUCGUGACCGCUACCUACUGGAGGAUAACCUGUGGCGGGUUUCCUUCUGGUCCAGCGUCAGUCUGCUGGUCAUGGUCAGCGUGGCCCUCACCCAGGUUUACUCAUUACGCAGAUUAUUCAAUGACAAACAUAGAGUUUGCACAUAGCA